AUGGGGUGCAGUCAAAGUGCAGUUAGUGACUUAAAAAGAAAAUUAACGCAACGGGAAGUGUAUCUAAUCCCAGGAGGUGUGGCUGCCCUCGUGGAACAACUACGCGAAGUGAUAGAAAAUUGCGUCACAUUAGUUCGGGUCGAAUAUUACGUGAACGAGAACACAUUCAAAGAACGACUUCAACUGUAUUUUAUCAAGAACCAACGUUCCAGUUUAAGGAUACGGUUGGCGAAUUUGUUUUUCAAGUUGCUAACAUGUUUCUUAUACAUAUUCCGAGUUAUCACCGACAACGAUCCUACUUAUGCAGCAUGUUAUGGUUGCACGCCCGGCAACAAAACCGAGUUCCUCGCGUCCCAGCACCUUACGGAGGAAGAAUUUCAGGAGCAUCCGACCAUCAACUGGGACGCGAUUUUAUGGGUGAGAAGACCCCUGGAAUUGUGGGUCGUCCAAGUGAUCCUGGCAAUAGUAUCGCUUACGGAAGCCCUGCUGCUCGCCUAUUUAGGUUACAAGGGAAACGUCUGGCAGCAGCUUCUCUCUUUCCACUUCAUCCUGGAACUGGUCAACACCAUACCAUUCACGAUCACGCUACUUUAUCCACCGAUGCGAAAUCUCUUCAUUCCGGUGUUCCUAAACUGUUGGUUGGCAAAGCAUUCCUUAGAAAAUAUGUUUAAUGAUCUACACAGAGCUAUGCAGAAAUCCCAAUCAGCUUUAAGUCAGCAACUGAUGAUCCUUAGUGCGACAUUACUGUGCCUUGUCUUUACUAGCGUAUGCGGGAUCCAACACUUCCAGAGAGCUGGGCACAGGCAUUUGAAUCUGUUUCAAAGUACAUACUACGUCGUGGUCACCUUCUCGACAGUCGGUUACGGGGACUUCGUGCCGGACAUCUGGCCCUCGCAGCUCUACAUGGUCAUCAUGAUAUGCGUCGCUCUCAUCGUUCUACCCACACAGUUCGAGCAGCUGGCCUUCACGUGGAUGGAAAGGCAGAAGCUGGGCGGCUCGUAUUCGUCGCAUCGGGCGCAGAGCGAGAAACACGUUGUAGUCUGUAGCACGACGCUGCAAGCGGACACCAUCAUGGACUUCUUGAAUGAGUUCUACGCCCAUCCGUUGUUACAGGAUUAUUACGUGGUAUUGCUGUCGCCAAUGGAACUAGAUACUACAAUGCGAAUGAUUUUGCAGGUGCCCAUCUGGGCACAAAGGGUAAUUUAUAUUCAAGGCUCGUGUCUCAAAGACAACGAUCUUACCAGGGCCAGGAUGAACGAGGCAGAAGCUUGCUUCGUUCUAGCAGCGAGGAAUUACGCGGACAAAACCGCCGCUGACGAACACACGAUACUUAGGUCGUGGGCAGUGAAAGACUUCGCACCAAACGUUCCUCAGUACGUUCAAAUCUUCCGUCCGGAAAACAAACUUCACGUGAAGUUUGCUGAGCACGUUGUGUGUGAAGACGAGUUCAAGUACGCCCUUUUGGCAAACAACUGUACGUGUCCUGGCGCGUCGACCUUAGUUACGCUCCUGUUGCACACUUCCAGAGGACAGGAAGGACAACAAUCGCAGGAAGAAUGGCACCGGUUGUACGGUAAAUGCUCCGGGAACGAGAUUUAUCACAUUAUACUAGGGGACUCGCGGUUUUUCGGUGAAUAUGAAGGUAAAUCCUUCACCUACGCGUCCUUCCACAGUCACCGGAAAUAUGGGGUUGCGCUGGUCGCGGUCAGGCCAGCGGAACUUCCGGAGUUCUACGAAGACACGAUCCUCUUGAAUCCUGGCCCGCGACACAUAAUGAAGAAAACAGACACCUGUUAUUACAUGAGCAUCACGAAGGAGGAAAAUUCGGCGUUCGUGGUGGCUAACAACCAGGCGACAGUCGCGGAGGGUGCUCAGGUGGUGUUAGAAAUGAAAACGGACGGGACGGGGAACGCAAACACCGGCUCGACUGGGAACACGACCAGCAACAGCAACGCGAUGAAUUCCGGUACCAGCGCCGGUACCACGACCACGACCACAACGAUCUCGACGAGCUGCACGAUCGCCAUCGGUGAUGGGAACGGUACAGCAAACAAGCCCGUUGCAAACGAGCACCGUCGCUAUUCCAACAGUUGUAACAAUGCGCUGAACGAUACAGCUUGCUGCAGACAGGAGACGAUCUGCACGGGGCCCCGUGGACAUAACGUGCACGGUGCACAGGCACACAGGGCCCCACAGGUCAUAUUGCAGGUCCUCCCUAGCACGCCCACACCACUCGAACACCACAACAUACUCGCAUCCGAUGUCCACCCAACGUAUUUAGAUCCCGGAGGAUUCGGAGAUUCACGGCAGUGUCUGAAAGAUGGUGGCUCUACACCGCAGACACCGAUCACAGGAAAUCAUUUGGACGUUCCACGAUCUCUCGAUCCAAAUCCCAAUCUCCUUAGUCCUGAAAUUCUUAUGCAAAGAAGAGGAAGCAGGAGACCCAGCAUACUGCCUGUGCCGGACAUGUUAACGAGUUCGACUUUGCAUCUUCCUGGCCAAGAAUCGUUAGACCACGAAGGCGAUGAGUCUGAAGACGAAAUGGACGACGACGUACCAUGGAGAUCACCUAGUGAAAAGAUAGCUUUCAAAGGGAUCGUCAAGGGUUUCCCACCCGUUUCACCGUUCAUAGGUGUGUCGCCCACCUUGUGUUACCUGCUUAAAGAAAAGAAACCCCUGUGUUGUCUUCAAUUGGCACAGGUCUGCCAACACUGUAGCUACAGAAGUGCGAAGGACUACAAUUGGCAAAACAAGACUAUUAUACUGGCUGCUGAUUACGCCAGCAAUGGAAUCUACAACUUUAUAAUUCCUCUAAGAGCACAUUUUAGAUCAAAAACUUCGUUGAAUCCCAUCAUUCUCCUCCUGGAACGGAAACCGGAAAUUGCGUUCCUUGAUGCUGUGUCCUACUUCCCUCUGGUAUACUGGAUGCGGGGUUCCAUCGAUUGUUUGGACGAUCUCCUUCGGGCCGGCAUCACUUUGGCGGAAAAUGUCGUCGUUGUGAACAAGGAACUUAGCAAUUCCGCGGAGGAAGACACCUUGGCCGACUGUAACACAAUCGUCGCGGUGCAAACAAUGUUCAAAUUCUUCCCCAGUAUAAAGAGCAUAACAGAGCUGUCGCAGUCGAGCAACAUGCGUUUCAUGCAAUUCAGAGCACACGAUAAGUAUGCUCUUCACCUUAGCAAAAUGGAAAAGAGGGAGAAAGAAAGAGGCUCCCACAUAUCAUACAUGUUUCGGUUACCAUUCGCGGCUGGCAGUGUCUUCAGCGCAUCCAUGCUGGACACACUUUUGUACCAAGCAUUCGUAAAGGAUUACAUGAUAACAUUCGUAAGAUUGCUGCUGGGUGUGGAUCAAGCACCAGGAUCUGGUUUUCUCACAUCGAUGAAAAUAACGAAAGACGAUAUGUGGAUCAGAACCUACGGCAGACUGUACCAGAAACUUUGCUCGACAACCUGCGAAAUCCCGAUCGGUAUAUACAGGACACAGGACACCACCGUGUCGGACACGUCCCACGGCGACUCAGACGCGGAGAGCGACGCCGGCGUCGGGGUAACGUACAAGGUGCGUCAUUCGGCGGCAGCAUCCUGCCUUGCGAAUUGCGCCACCCGUGACAAGGGUGCUUCAGCCUACUCCGUGAGCCUCGGGGAUGAAGCACGCGACAACCACGCCCAGCAGAUCGAGAGGGCCGAAAUCGCGAAUCUGGUACGUUCACGGAUGGAGUCCCUGAAUUUGCCUGUGGCCGACUACGACGACGUUUCAGAGAAGCGAAACAGUCUGUCCUACGUGAUCAUCAAUCCCAGCUGUGAUCUGAAACUAGAGGAGGGUGACAUCGUGUAUCUGGUCCGGCCGAGUCCGUUCUCCGCUCAGAAGACGUUCGAACGGCACAAUUCGCGACGGAAGAGUAACAUCAGCUUCUGUUCGGCCCAAUUGGUGUCGCAAAUGAGCGCGGCGGUCGCGUCGGCGGGUCUACCGGGUGCUGGAGCAGGAAGUCGUCGUGGUUCAGGCAUCGGCCUGCCUAGAGCGCCGCCAUUGAGCACCACCAAAUCGAACUCCUUGUCCCUACCCGAUAGUCCAACAGUGGCUGGCUCGUUGCGCGGUCGCUCGAACUCUCUAAGAGUAAUUGACGACAUUCUGCUCAGGCGUAGUAACUCGUUAAGACAGGGACUAUCGACGACCCGGAGAAAAAGUAGUCUGGAGGACAUCGGUCUGGGCGUCUUGUCGCAUCCAUCGAAUCACAACCCCAUCAAGAUCGCGCUGAACGGAUCGAUCGGUCUCGAAGUGACGCCGCCUGAAGAGGGCUCGCAGAUUGUCGGCGUCAGCAACACAGGUAUUCUGGACGUUGGCCUGCCGUCCAUGCCAGAACUGUCCGCCGCGUUGGGUUCUAACCAGGACACCGGCCUGGGCGGUUCUCUGAGCGGUCUCCACGACUCGCCAGGUCUACCGUGUUCCAUAGGAUCGCCGUCCCAAUCGCCACAGAUUCAGGGCGGCACGCAGGAUCCUCAACACAUACAAGGGACAAUCGUAUGA